AUGGCGGACCAAGAACAACCGCAACAACUUCCCGAGGCGCCUUUUCCAGCACCACCGCCCUUCUGGAAACAUUUCACCGUUGCCAACGAAGAGCAGUUGAGAAAACUGAAGGCCCAAGGAAACGACGGUUCCGAGACCAAGAAGUUGCCUCUCCCUCUGGCGUACCUGACUCCCCCUCCGCCCCCGCCUGCGACAGCGGAAUACUACACAACUUUCGGACAGAAGCAGGUCAUCGACCCUACGAAACCGUCGUCCUUACCCAGAGAUCAACUUCUCUUCGACCCCGACAGUCCUGACCUCAACCAUGCUGUGCUCCUUGACCGCCUCACCAAAUCCUUACUGCUCAACUUUCUUGAAUUGACGAGUAUCUUGUCGCUCGAUCCCACAAAAUAUGCGGAAAAGAUGGAAGACAUUAGACAGUUGGUGCUCAAUAUCCAUGUGGUCAUCAAUAUGUACCGGCCGCAUCAAGCGCGAGAGAGUGUCAAAGAUAUGCUUGAGGAAAUUCUCGAAGAGGGCCAGCGGGAAAUAGACGAGUGCGACAGACUCAAAGAGCGAGUGGAGCAGUUUUUACGCAAUGUGGGUGAAGUGAAGACUGCCAACGGUGUGGAUGGUUCUAUACCGGCGGAUGGUGCUUCAGCUGGGCAUGCUUCAGACGACGCGAAAAUGGAGGAGCAAAUCAAGUUGUGGAAAAUGAUUCACGACAUGACGGAUUGA